CUUUCCAUAUAAGUUCGCUUUGAUUGGCUUUUAAAUCUUGUUUACGUUAAGAUUUGUGAAUUCAAAAGUGAUGUAAUUGACAGCGAAUAAUUAUUAUAUAUCAGUGAAUUUUUCAUAAACUUAUUAAAAUGGUACGAUAUAUUGCGCUCAAAGGCCUGUACGAUUUGGAAAAGACCAUCGGAAGUGGAGGAUUCGCUAAAGUAAAACUUGCCACACAUAUUGCAACCGGCGAAAAAGUUGCUAUCAAAAUAAUGGACAAAAUAUCAUUGGGUGACGAUUUACCAAGAGUUAAGCUAGAAGUCCAAGCAUUAAAAACUUUAUUACAUCAACAUAUUUGUCGAUUGUAUCAAGUAAUAGAAACAGAUAGUCAUUAUUUUAUGGUAAUAGAAUACUGUUCAGGAGGAGAACUAUUCGAUCAUAUUGUUGAAAAAAAUAGGCUUUCCGAAACUGAAUCGCGGAAAUUUUUUCGCCAAAUUGUGUCUGCAGUGGCAUAUUUGCAUAGUUUAGGAUAUGCUCACCGUGACUUAAAACCAGAAAAUGUCCUGUUGGACAGAGAAGAGAACUUAAAGCUCAUAGAUUUUGGAUUAUGUGCAAAACCAAAAAAUGGGAUAGAUUCUCAUUUACAAACAUCCUGUGGUUCUCCAACAUAUGCAGCUCCAGAGCUUAUAUUAGGAAAGAAAUAUUUAGGUUCAGAAGUAGAUAUAUGGAGUAUGGGAGUCCUACUAUAUGCAUUACUUUGUGGUUUUCUCCCCUUUGAUGACAAUAGUAUAGAGAAUUUAUAUAGAAAGAUCCUUAGUGGUAAAUAUGAUGAACCAAGCUGGUUAUCAAGUAGUAGUAAAAGACUGAUACGAGCAAUGCUACAGAUAGAUCCAAAAAAGAGAAUUACUAUUCAGGAAUUGUGCAAUCAUCCAUGGAUUACAGCCGGAUUUCUUAAUCCUGUUUCAUUUGUUCAUAAAACCAAUUUUGAAAAAGACGAUGACGUACUAAGUACUAUGUCUGCAAUAUGCGGCGAACAUGCUUCAGACAUAUGGAGAAAACUUGUAAAAAGUGAUAGAACUGAUUACAGGACUGCCACAUAUCUUUUACUUUUAGACAGAAAGCUUCGCGGACUUUCACUUCGAAUAUCACCUUCUGCAAAAUCUCAUUUUAAAUCUGAGUGUGAGGGAGGAGGUAAUAGCAUCAUAACUAAACUUGAUUGUUCUCCAAGAAGUAAAUCUGUUAAAUCACCAGUAACAGAUGCUGAUUACAAGAUUUUACCAAAAUCUCCCGAUGCCACUAAUGACUUCACGGAACCACAUUUGCCUGGUAGAAAACGACUUCGAAGUAAGGAUGAAGAUGAUGGAUAUUCUCCUGUUCCUACAAAGAGAGUUGCAGAAAAAGAUAGGUUUGUUUGUACUCCAACUAAUACUCCAACUAAUACAGGAUUGGAAUCAAGGGGAUCGCAAUCGUCUACACCGGGAAGUGCAAGAAAAGUAAUAAUGGGUCUGGAACGUGGUUUAAAUCGAAUGCGAUGUGUUUUGACACCAAAGAGACGCGUGAAAAUUGAAAAUACCGAUCCUGAACAACCUAAUGUACUUUCUGGAAAGGGUCUUUGUAAUGUAUCGUCAACAUCCAACGAUGACCCGAAAUAUGUUCUUUCACAAUUACGUCGUGCUCUUCGUCGUAAAGGAAUCAUGUGUCAUCAAAAAGGGUUUAUCCUGCAAGGAGAAACGGAAGAUUGUACAGAAGAUAACAAAGAUAGUGUGCGACCAUUCUCAUCCAGAAAUGCUUGUUCCUUCGAAUUAGAAGUUUGUUUAUUAGAGGGUGUUUCAAACAAAAAAUUAGUCGGUAUUCGAAGAAAACGUUUAAAGGGUGAUGCAUGGGUUUAUAAGCGGGUAUGCGAAGAAGUUCUUGCUCUGGCAGCUAAAGAUCUAUCUGCAGAAUCAGAAGGUUCAACAGAAUCGAAAUGUCCUAUAUAAAGUGUUCCUGACAAACAUAUAUCCUUAAUAAUAUAAAUAUAUAUUGAAAAUAAUACUUCACGAAAAGUCAAUGAGA